AUGGAUAUCGAUCACGUGCCUACGGAUGCCAGGUCCAAGGAGGUCGUCCGGCUCUGGCGAGCGUGGAGGACCGUCCAUGAGAUGGUUGCGGAUCGAGAAUACGAGCUCGCCGAGGAGGAAGUCAAGAUCUCGCUCGACCGCUUCCGCGACGAGUACUGCAACCCCGACGGCUCCAUCAACCGCGCAAAGCUCCAGUUCUCCGCCCGUCCCAGCGAGUCCAUGCUGAGAAAGUUCACCCCCCCAGCCACGGCCGACAAGCCCGACCCAGUCCCGGACUGCGGCCCCAUCUGGGUCGAGUUCCUUGCCGACAAGACCUUCGGCGUGAGCCAGAUCCGCCAGUUCGCGACGUACGUCAUCACCAACCACUACAAGACGGGCAUCAUGGUCACCCACGUGCCCCUGUCUCCCGCCGCCCGCAAGUCGCUCGCCAGCGUCGAGUCCCUGGCCAAGAUCGAGUGCUUCCUCGAGGACGAUCUGCUUGUCAACAUUACCCACCACGAGCUAGUCCCCAAGCAUGUCCUGCUCUCCCGCGACGAGAAGACUGCCCUCCUCAAGCGGUACCGUCUCAAGGAGACCCAGCUGCCCCGUAUCCUGCAGCGAGAUCCCGUUGCUCGCUACCUGGGCCUCAAAAGAGGCCAGGUCGUCAAGAUCAUCCGUAACAGUGAGACGGCCGGACGGUAUGCCAGUUACCGGCUGUGUGUAUAG